UCAUUCAGUAUUUAUACUGUGCACAAUGCUGUCUCGUAAUAUGAGAUUUUUAGCGCGACGUUAUUCUCAAGCGGUUACAUUUAGAACAACAGAAUCUUCACCUUCACAGCACAAUGAAAACCAGAUAGGUUUAUUUUACUCUCUGAACAAUGAUUUAUGUAAGCAAUUGUUUGCCCACGGGGGCCUUCCCAAAAGCUACAUGAAACAGACUAAGACCUUCACAGAAACAACUCUAAUGGUCCGUCUACCAGCUUUGGAGAUCAUGGACUGUAUUAAAGCAACAGAUUUAAACAAACCAGCCAUCCGAUAUUUGUUAUAUGGUGAAAUAGGAGCAGGUAAAUCUUUGACUCUGGCUCAUCUUCUUCAUUAUGCAUAUGAAGAUGGCUACCUCAUCGUUCAUGUCCCUUGGGUGUCGGAAUGGUUGCGACGUGUGCCUCGCCAUAAGGAAAUGUCUAAUUCAUUGACACAUGAAGGUUUUGUUGAUUUGCCCCUUGAUGCUGCAGCAUGGCUGCUACAUUUUAAGACGCAAAACCAAAUUCACUUAAAAAAGAGCGAUUUAAAAAUAUCAAAAGAAUAUGUGUGGAGCAAACGUGAGAUUACACCAGAAGGGGCACCUUUAGCUGAACUUGUGGAACACGGGAUCACACGUGUGAAAUACGCGUGUGACGUCGUCGAUGCGCUCGUCAACGAAAUUAAAAUACUCUCUAACAGUAAACAAUGCAAGACAUUUGUAGCAAUUGAUGGUUUCAACACAUUUUUCGAACCUCUAACACGAUUGAGGACACCAACCAAGAAGAAAGUGGCCUCUGAGGAAGUCACUUUAACAUCUUCUUUUAUGGAACUUACUAAAAAUGAUUGGGUAAAUGGAGUCAUAGUUUUAACUGCAGACCAGCUGGGAGUACCACUAGAACAUCAAGAAAGUUAUCUACCUAAAUAUUUACUUUACAAAAAGGGAUUUGAACACAUAGACCCCUUCGUGCCUGUGGAAGUAGGAAGAUACAGUGAACGAGAGUUCCUUGCCUGUGCAAACUACUACAGAGACAGGUUGUGGUUGAGAGGUCCUCCAGAAACAGAAGUGGAACUCAAGCUUGCCAGCGCCUGCAACCCUUACAAAUUCAUGGAGAUGUGUGCUCCAUUAUAAGAAUAAUUUUUUGUAUUAUGUAGAAUAUUGUUAAUAAAUGUUUAGUUACUA